GCGACAAACGGGUUGUUUGACAGCAGCAGCGCGUUACCAACGUGGAUGUUGUCAAAUUUCUACGUGUUCCUCGUUUUCACCUGUUAUUUGUAAACAAAGGGCUUCAGCGAUGGCUUCUAAACGGCUCUCAGACGAGAGCGGAAUAACAGAAAAGAAGAAGAAGAAGAAAACAAGUCUGGAAAAAGCUGAACUGUGUUCAGGUAUUGAAGAGGAGCAGGUGAAGAGGUCCGUGAAGGAGGCAUGGAGGCAGAGGAGUCAAUACAAACAGGGGGAUCUGGAGCUGGACUGCCACCCUUUUCCUCACUGCAUCAUCAGAAACUUUCUCAGAAGUGAGAUCUUCUUAGAAAACCUGCAGAGAGAACUUCUGGGGCUGAACUUCCAUGAGAAAUCAAAUGAUCUGUACAAAUUCAAACAGUCAGAUGACUUAAAGAAGAGAACAGAGCCACAUAUUGCAGGACUAAGGGCAGCACUUUUUGGGCCUUUCCGCUCCUGGCUCGAGGAGGUGUUGGGGGUUGAACUGGAGCCCACAGUGGAUAUUUCCUGUGCCAAAUAUGAACACACAGAUGUGCUUUUAUGUCAUGAUGAUGAACUGGAGGGGAGACGAGUUGCCUUCAUCCUGUAUGUCGUGCCUCCGUGGCAGAGCAGUGAUGGAGGAACGCUCGAUCUUUACACAACAGACAGUAACUUCCAACCACAGAGUAUCUUUAAGUCUCUUGUGCCCUCUUUGAACACACUCGUCCUGUUUGAAGUUUCUCCAGUCUCCUUUCAUCAGGUGUCAGAAGUUUUAUCACAGGACAAGUGUCGUCUGUCCUUGAGCGGCUGGUUCCACGGACCGUCUUUGGAGCGUCCCCCUCGCCACAUAGAGCCUGCAGUUCUACGAAAUCCACACUUACCUAGAGAUGAAACAUUACUGCUGGAAUGGAUCAAUCCGGUUUACCUGGACAUAUCCUACCAAGAGCAGGUUCAGACAGAGUUUGAGGACAGCUCAGAAAUCCAGCUCAAAGAUUUUCUCAAGGAGGAGAAGUUCAGGGAGGUGAAGGAAGCUCUGAGACUCACACAGAUAGAGUGGACAAAGAGAGGCCCGCCCAAUAAGAGAUGCUAUGAGAUGGCUUCUCUGGAUACUCUGCCACCAAUUGUGAGUGCAUGCUGGGAGCUUCUUCAUUCAGAGUCUUUCUUCUUGCUUCUCUCCAACUUCACCGGCCUACGGCUUCACUACCUGUGUCCUGCUGAUGAUGAUGAUGAUGAUGAUGAUGAUGAUGAAGAUGAAGGUGAUGGAAAUCAAGAGAUGAAGGAGAAAAAAGGCAAAAAGGAUGAAGAAGCAACAGGAUCUUCGACUGACACACCAGCAAACACAAGCAGAGAGAAAGAGCUGAGCACACCUGUAUGUUGCGGUGAGCUUCGUCGAUGGUCUCAUGGCAGCUACACUCUGUUGCACGAUGGAGAGGCAGCACAAGCAGAGUACGCUCUGGACCUUAUUUUGCCUUUUGAAUGUGCUGAUUGGCAGUCAGAGUUUGGGGGCUACACCUGUUACGUUGCUAAUGAAGAGGAUGAAGAGCUUCUCACAGUGUAUCCAGAAGACAACUCCCUCGCCCUCAUCUACAGGGACAAAGAAACUCUCAAAUUUGUCAAACAUGUCAACCACAAAAGCUCCACUGCAUCUACCUGCAAAGGAUUUUAUGACUUCUCCUUUGUGUACUAUGAAUAAAUAGAUAUUUAUCUAU